GAGCUGCGCGGGGAUCGGCGGCGGUGCCCAUGGCCAGCCCGGAGGCGGCCGCGUCCCGGCUGGAGUCGGGCUGGCAGGAGGUCUACUCAGCUCUCCAGUGGAUCCAUUUCACCAUGGCCAUGCUCAGUGUUAUAGGUUCCAGCUCCAUCAUCACUUACGCCAUCUUUCAAAACGUGGUGCGAUCCCCCGAGGUUCGCCCUCUAUUCUACCUGAGUCUCUCUGACCUAUUUCUGGGCAUGUGCUGGAUUGCCGGAGCACUGCUUUAUAGCACACCAACCUCCAAGCACGAUCUCAUCUGCUACAACCUGCAGGCAAUGGGACAAGUAUUCUAUGUGGCCUCUUUUCUAUACACUGCCAACUACACCUGGCAUCUGUACAUGGACCUGAAGAUGAAAUACAAUCAGAACCUUAAUAGGAUGCCCUCCACAGCUGUAGAUUAUGCAAGUUGCAUUGGCCGAGUAGCAACGAUUUUGUCCAGCCUGAUCCCUUUUCUCCUAAUGGUGCCUGUGUUUUGCCUGGGCAACAGCAGUAACUGCUACCAGAACUUCAGUCAAAAGCAUGGGUGUCUCUUGAUGCACACAGAAAUGGCUGAGCCCACCAACGAGCCGCUAACAUUGAGCAGCUCUGUUUGCCGAGCAAUGCAUUUCUAUGGCAUUGGGGUCUUCCUUGUUUCCUUUCUUAUCAGCUUCAUAGCCAUUCUGGUUGUACUCAUUCAAGCCCGAGGUUUGUACAAAAGGUUUGUAAACUCCACGGGAUUCCUGGGAGAUCAGCAGUGGGCAAUGAUUAAGAUGGUGGAACAACGAGUGGUUUUUUACCCCAUCGCAUUCUUCUGCUGCUGGGCCCCAGCUGUCCUCCUUGGAAUACUGAAGCUGACAGCUUCAACAAGCAGCAAAAUCUACAUGGCUCUUCUCAUUCUACAGGCACUGACAGCAGCUUCCCAGGGACUCCUGAACUGCAUUGUGUAUGGCUGGACACAGCACGUCUUCCUCUCCCUCAAACGCAACAUCUGCCGCGACGUUGACACUCAGACUCCUCUCCUGCGCUCUCAGAAGAAAUUCUAUGCCAGCACACUCACUGCCAGCCCUCCGGACACUGAGGUGUCCACAUCUACCCUGCUCUGAUGAGUUUCUGCAGCAAAAAUGAGAGAAGGCAGCAUCCCAAUGGGCCUCGUCGUAUUUUAGCAAAGUCAGCCAGCACAGCUUUUGGGCUGUCUUGGUGUGAACUGUUUUGUCAUCAGCACAGUUAACUGUAGUGCUAUGAGAGCCCAAGCAGAUCUGUCAGAAAAGCACUUUUAGUGAAGAUAGUUAUUUAUUUUACAGAUUUCUAUGGACUUGAACAGGGUUCUUUAAACCUGGUAAAUUUUUAGCACAGGCUUUCUCCUUAAGGAAAUAUCUCUAGAAAUACAGCAAAUUGUAUGUAACAACUCCAAGACUAGUACAGCUCCUUAGAGGGCAUGUGGUCAAAAGAUGUUUUACUUUUCUAAGUGUUUGUCAGGUAUUUGCCAUUACAAAUUAACAUUAAAGCAAAGAUGAAUAUUUUUAAAUCCAUCUUUCAAUUCAAUGUAAAAAUAAGAGCAGGCACCCUCCUGCUAGCCAGCUGCCUGGAGCAAGACUGCAGAGCUGGACUGGAUGAUCUUAGAGACAUUUUCCAACCUUGGUGACCCAAUCAUCAGCACACACUUCUGUGCUUUGAUUUUUCUCACAUCUCCCUUCAUGCCAACUCCUGCUUGGCCACAACACUCAGAAAAUUAAGGUUCUUCAGCCCAGCGGAGCACCUCUCAUGAACCUGGAGAGCAGGACUGCACGUGCAUCUGUGUGUGCUCCUCUAAACGCUCAGGUAAAUUACUGAGAUCCCGUAAAUGUAUCUUUAGCUGCAGUGAGAGGAAAACGACCCUGUAUUUUUCAUGCUCUUUAAUUUCUCACAGUUUCAUUUUUAGGGCCCAACCGAAAUUUAUUUACAUAGUUGGUUAUACAAGAAGAGGAAAUACUCAAGCUUUGUGUAAUUAACUUUUAUACAGUUCACACAGUUACGUUACAUAAAUCACUUUGUACAAAUCUGGGACUGUCAGUCAGGGUUCAGGGAUGUACGCACAGAGCCCCUCAGUCCUUCCCAAAGCUCAGCUGAUGAGUUUCCCAGUGCUUUCAGGUUUUUUAAACUUCUUCUUCUUCUUCUUCUUCUUCCAUAUUCUGCUCCUCAUUUUCAGGAGUUUCAGGUGUCUCUAUGGAUGAAUUUGUACAGAAAAGUGUAAUUAUUACAUUGAUGUAUUUGAUUGCAGCAAUGAGGAGAGCAACUAGAACGAGGGCAAUGAGAACAGUGAUUCCUAUUGCAGUCCCAAAAGCUUUAUUUUGGACAGCCUCUGCAAUGGAGAUCAUGAGAGCUGGUGGAGGACCACUGUCCAUGCUGCCCCCGAGGCCAUGGAACUGGCAGUCUGGUGGGGCCCAGCCAGCUUUGCAGUGGCAGUGUUCAAGGUUGUUACAAACCCCAUUCCCCUUGCACAAAACCUUUGCAUCACACUUGGUUCUGACGAUGACAUCUGUGCAUGUUUUGUUAAUGCAGAUCUUCUUUGGACCACAUUUGGUGCCGUCAAUUCCUCCUCCGAUAUCAGGUGUAUCUAUGCUAGCAUGGUGGGCUGUGCCCCAGCACCAAUCCUCAGGCCCUGGAGUCUGAAUGAUGGUUUCAGACUUCUCCAGAAAGGCUGUCUUCUUUACAUUCACGCACUGCAGCCUUCCACACAGAGCGUUUUGGGGCUUACAUUCCACAAAAGCAACUUCAUUCCCAUCGCCGCCACAGUUGCCAAAUCGAUCCCCUUUCAUGUUCUGCUCUUUGAAGCAACUUUCUGGAGCACUCCGGGCUUCAUCCCCAAAGACUUUUCUGCAUAGUUUGUCAUGGGACGCACAUUUCCCACGGUAGCAGUAACCGUUGUCACCACAGGGCGUCCCAUCUUGCAUGUGCAAAUCCUCUGGACACCACUCAGAAGUCCCAUUGCAAUACUCAGGCAAGUCACACUCAUCUACCUCUGACCUGCACUUGUGCCCUGGAGGGUGAAAGUGGCACUUUUGACAGCACUGCCCAACAGAGCAGACAGCCCCCGGCUUCAACCUGCAAUUCUGGAAGCAGCAAGGAUUGCCUUGGCAGUGCUGCAGGCCCCCGCAGUCACACUGCUCUCCCUCAUCUAUCACCUUGUUGCCACAGGUCUUAAAGUAGAACAAUCUGUUGGGCUCGGGGAUGUUGUUUAAGCAGUUGCCAUCCCCUCUGUUGAGCAGGUCUAAAUAGCUUUGAAUGCUGCAGUUGCUGAAAGCCGUGGCACCGUCGAUUGAACCUCCUGUCAUGUAGCACUUGGCAUUUCCACACCUGCACUCCUUUCUAUCGUGCUCCAUCCCCAGGUUGUGACCCAGCUCGUGGGUAAAAAUAGUUGCAAAGAUCACAAAAUCUUCUUGUAUGUGAGAUACAAGACCUGACUGGUAGCCAGGGUAGCAGAUGCUGCCUACAUACGCCAGCCCAACGGUGAGUCCAAAGUCUGUGUAAGUGAAAAGAUGUGCAA